AUGAAAUGUGGAUUCUUCGAUGCCUACCUUCAAUUCGACGACUAUCGAAAACAAAAACAUUCUAAAGUCGCCUCUUGGACCGAUGACGACAUCAGUUUGAUUCGUGAUGCGGCAGAACAAUACUUCCACCGUCUUCAUGAUCUGAAGAGAGGAAACCAAGAAUCCGAUUUUAUUUGCAACUUCGAAGACAAAGAUCUCGAAUUAGGAGGCAGAUCUACUAGUACACUGGCAUUUGUUCGGAUCCAUGGUGAAGACUUCGUUUCGAAGUUCUACAUCAAGUAUGUUUUCGAUUCAUUCAUUCAAGAUCCGUUCUUGUUUUUUCCUAUUUCAUUUUUAUCGAAAUCAAGAUUGAUCUGUAAUGUUCAGAUGUCACCAUUUUGGACCAAAAGGCACAAGCUCGGACCAGCCUCCGGACAUCAACGAACUAUACUGCUACAAGCUGUUGGAGCUGAUCGCCGUCGGACCAACAUGCCACAUUGUUCCACCCAUCAUCACUACUGGAACAAAAACAAGCGUGUAAGGAUAUAUACAUAUUAGUAACAAGUAGCAAUAUAGUAUAGAAAGUGACAUACAUACUAGAGUUCUCAAAAUGACCAAUUGAAAAACGACAUUUCUCAAAAAAACGAAAAAAAUUUUUCUUUUUUUGACAUUUCGAACGAAUGUCGUUUUUUUGAAAGAUCAACCAAAAAUUGAUCACUUUCAUUCUUUUUCAUUUUGUGACUUUUUCAAAUAAUGACUGAAAAAAAUGAAUGGUCAUUUUCUAAACAAUCAUAUUCUGACUAGUAAAUAAAUGUUCGUCCUAAUGACAAAAAUUUUUUUGAAAGUGAAAUUUAAAUGUUUACUUUUUUUGACCAAAAAUUUCGGAAUGAACUUUAAAUGUUCAUUUUUGAACAAAAUUUUCAAAAUGAAUUUUAAAUGUUUACUUUUUGACCAAAAUUUUCAAAAGUGAAAUUUAAAUGUUCAUUUUUGACCAAAAAUUUUCAAAACGAAUUUUUAAAUGUUUACUUUUUUUCGUAGAAAAAAAUUUUUUUCAACUGUGAAAAAUUAAUGUUCAUUUUUGGCCGAUAAUUUUUCCGAACCUGGAUUUUUCCGAACCAAAAUCCAAAUCAAUACUUUUCCUUUUUCCUCAUUCAAUUAAUUAUCCAGAUAGAACCUUUCUUCCGGUCUGCUCAUUUUUUAACCGGUUUCAUAUAAUUUUUUUCUCGUCCUUAACCGACUUUUUAGCUUUUGCCCUUGACCAUCAGAUCACUGUUUUUCCAACAGAUUUUUUUAAUUUUAACCAGAAAUUAGUUUGAAUUUCGAAGUAAUCGAUUCAAGAUUUCAUUUGGAGAAGACUGAGAUAGAAUUGACUCUGGCACAGAUACUGCAAAAGUACCGUAAUAGUAAUGAAUAAAGUAAUGAAUAAAUGUUUACCUUUUUGAAAGAAAUUUUCAAAGUGAAAUUUGAAUGUUCAUUUUUUUGACCAAAAAUUUUUCCAAGUGAACUUUAAAUGUUUACUUUUUCUGACCAAAAAAAUUUCAAAAUGAAAUUUUAAUGUUCAUUUUUUUAACCAAAAAUUUUUUUCGAAAAAAAUAAGUAAUUGUUCAUUUUUUUAAAUGCUCAGUUAUGAAAUUUAACCAAAAUGAAGUUUUUAACAAACGGUUCAUGUGAAAUUUAACUAAUUGGUCGAAUUCAUCAAACGUUCGGAAAAUGUUUGGUUGAACGUUCGUUCAAACAUUUACUUUUGAGAACUCUAAUACAUACCUAUGCAUUUGUAGGUGCAUUGCUACAAAAUGGGACGACAAUUUUAAACUCAUGGAGCACGUUAUCCAAGAGAAUGGUCUUACCGCUGAUUUAGCCGUGCAGCUGGUUUUGCUGCGGGUGUUAUUAUUUAUUGCUGAUCUUCAUCUACAAAACUGCGGUUUGUUUCAAAGUCUGAAAACCUGAAUAUUAUUGAUUUAUUAAUUUCAGGGGUCUGGAAAGGGACCAAUAACAUUGCGAUUGUUGACUUCGCACCGGAAAAUGAGAUUACAGUUCAUGAUGACAUCAAAGCCCAACUGUUUACAACUUUUCCACAUCCAAGAUGGAAAGAAGAGUUCAAAGCAGUGAAAAAUAAAUUGGACGACAACUCAUGGUUGAAGAUAGUCAAACAGAAUUUGGAUAAGUGGGGUUUGUCUCGUAAGAUCGAACUGGCUCAAGAACAACUCGAUCCCACAAAAGACGUUUUAAAAGGAAUAGAACUUGGCUUUAAGAGGCGGAAAUUAUGCUGUAGUCCCACAGUUCAACUGAAGCAAUACGUCGAUACAUUGAACAAGAAUUUAGAAAAUCUUCAAAUUGUUUUGAAUUCCACUGUUCACUAA